CUUGGACAGCCUGUCCAUUCCCCUAAGCCACAAAAGCCCCAGAAAGGCACAGAACAAGAGACUAUGAGCAUUAAAAAAAAAAAAAAAAAAGGAGAGCGAAGGACAGCAGGAGCAAACUGGUUUUUGAAGAGGUAGAUCUCUAAAAAGGUCUGAGUGCUUUGAGCUCACCCAAAUACCUCAGGACACUGCAGAGAGUGUGAGGGAGGCAGGGAGAGAAAGAGGGUGUGAGAGAGAGCAAGAGAGGGUGUGUAUGAGAGAAAGAGAGAGAGAGAGAGAGAGUGGGAGAUAGAGAGACGGUGCAUGCUCUCUCUUUCGCUGCUACAACGGAUCCUUUCCACAUCGACGCUGCUGUUAACGUCACGCCUGUAAGCCGCGCUUGCCCAGCGCUUGCCUUCUCUACCUUGCUCCUCUCCCAGUUGGACGCUGCAUUUGCGAGGGGGUGCUGAUCACCACAAGAAAAGGAGGGGGAGAAAAAAAAAAGACAAGAACUGGAAACAAGAAGAAAAAAGAAACAACCCAGAGAGAGGAAGGAGAAACUGCGCGCCAUCCCUCCUCCCUCUAACCCACCUCGAUCAACCCAGCUACAAUACCCCCACUCCUCCCAGCACCCCCUUCCAUCCCCCACCCCACUCCCCCUCUGAAGAAACUGACGGAUUAUUGGGAAGUGCACGGGAGGCAGGCUGCAGCUGCUGCUGUGUGUGUGCUCGCUACUGCCGCUGUAUGCUUCGUGGGGAUGGUGUGUGUGCGUUCGCAAUUGCUGCUGUCGCCACCGCGGCUGCCGAGGCUGGAGCAUGUGGCUAGUUAAGAGGAGAAAGAAGAUAAUGAAGGCUGUGUGUGUCGCCUAGCCUUUUCAACUGCUGCCAAGAGCUCCCCAGGAGGAAAGGAGAAAAAAAAAUAAAAUAAAGAAGAAUCAAGUGGACAUGACACUGCGUUGAAAAGGGGAGCAAAGAAAAGAGUGCAAGAGAGGGAGAAGGGCUGUCAGACUGACCAACCGACCAACUGAUUGACUACUAAAAAGUGAAAAGAGGAAUACAGAUAAGGAGGACUGGUUUUUUUUUUUUCUGUUUUUUAACCCCUCCUUUUCACUACAAACAAAAAACAUAGAACACUGGAAAGGACUGGAUUUUUUUUUUUUUAUCUUUCUCUAAUUGUAAUUCCUUCUACCUCCCUCCCUCCUUUUGUUGUUUCCUGCCUUGGGUUUUGUUGCACAAAACAAAAAACAAUAGUGCGUGUGCAUCUCUGUGGUUGCCUGGACUAUGGAGACCUGGCUAAGGUGUUUAACGGGGGGAUCAACUGUCGGAUUCCAAGGACAAGCAAGAGAAGAGGAGCCGACAGCGAAGAGCGAGCAAGGGAGCACUGCUGCUUUGGGAGCCUGACUGGAUUCCUAGCUACAGUCGUUUCCCCCUCCUUUUUUUUUUCUUGGUAAUCGGCACGUAAAGGAAGAAAAACAUUCACAAAAGGGCCUUCGAACCUUUCUCUUUGGAUGUAUGGAUUUACAAAAGGGCUCACCUUGUUUAAGCUCUUUGGCACUGAUGCCCGCUUUGACAGGGCAAACAUAAAAGGUUUUCUUUGCUGCUCUUGGAUAUAAAUACAUCUGAUGCGAAUACAUCAGCUCUUUCUGAUUGCAAAAAGGAGGGAAGCUAUAUAUCUCAGUUCAAGGACCUGUAAUAAUAACUUGAGAAAACCCAGUCCUCUCCACCACCCCAUUUCUUUCUGCCCCUGAGCACAGUUCAUGGAAAUAAAAUCACCCCUUAACUGAGGACAGGUCGAGUCCUCUUGCCCCUUAGCAACCACCUAAACCCUUGCUCUCCCCUUGCCCACAUCAGUUCCCUUAACCUUAUUACUUUGGCCCCAUAAACAGUACUGCUAGCCAAACAGCUGAUUUCCUUGCACCCACACCCCCAAAACACCAGCCCCAAACAUCCCCAUCCUCCCCCCCAGAUGAUGCUGAAUUAUGAACGUGCCACAUCAUGAGUCUCCUGGGGCGGGUAGCUGUGCAUCGUGCCAGGAAAGCCGCCCUGCUCUGUGUAGUCUUCCUGAUGGUGCGAGCGUGGAGCAGCGCCUCCCUGGCCUUGGCGGGGGCGGCGGUGUCUCAAGGACCCCAGGGCUGUCCACCGCAGUGUUCUUGUAGUAAUCAGCAGGGGAAAGUGGUUUGCACCCGUCGUGGCCUCACCCGUGUCCCCCCUGGGAUUCCUGCCAACACGCGACACCUCAAUCUAAUGGAAAACGCCAUUGAGGCGGUGCAGGCUGACUCCUUCCGCCAUCUGCACCACCUUGAGGUGCUCCAGCUUGGGCGAAAUGCCAUUCGGCAGAUUGAGGUGGGCGCGUUUAAUGGACUCACCAGCCUCAACACACUGGAGCUGUUUGACAACCGGUUGACGGUGGUGCCCAGUGGGGCCUUUGAAUACCUAUCCAAACUAAGAGAACUAUGGUUGAGGAACAACCCCAUUGAAAGUAUUCCUUCCUAUGCCUUCAACCGGGUACCCUCACUCAUGCGACUGGACCUGGGAGAGUUAAGGAAACUGGAGUACAUCUCAGAAGGAGCUUUUGAGGGCCUACAAAAUCUCAAGUACCUCAACCUGGGAAUGUGCAACAUAAGGGGUGAUAUGCCAAACCUAAGUCCCCUCAAAGGCCUCGAGGAGCUAGAGAUUUCUGAAAAUCUCUUUCCAAUGAUAAAACCAGGCUCUUUCAAAGGUCUGCGCUCAUUGAAAAAGCUAUGGGUGAUGAACUCUCAAAUCACAGUAAUAGAGCGCAAUGCUUUCGAUGACCUAUCUUCACUGGUGGAGCUUAAUCUUGCCCAUAACAAUCUGAGCGCUGUGCCACAUGAUUUGUUCUCCCCGCUCAGGUACCUGGUGGAGCUCCACCUCCACCAUAACCCUUGGAACUGUGGUUGUGAGGCUGUAUGGUUAGCACGCUGGCUAAGGGAGUACAUCCCUACUAAUUCAACUUGCUGUGGACGUUGUCACUCCCCUGCGAGCAUGAGAGGUCGACAGCUGGUGGACGUGGACCGAGGUGAGGGUGCUGCAGUCCAGUGUUCUGCACCAUUCAUUGCUGAUGCACCAAGGGACUUGAACAUCUCAGCAGGGCGAGUGGCUGAGCUUCGAUGCCGCACAGCUCCAAUGUCUUCAGUGCGCUGGCUCCUACCCAAUGGCACUAUACUGACACAUGCCUCUAGUCACCCAAGAAUAUCAGUCCUCAAUGAUGGUACCCUUAAUUUCUCAAAUGUCCUUGCAGUAGACACAGGCACCUAUACCUGCAUGGUCUCCAAUGCAGCUGGGAACUCUAAUGCCUCAGCCUACCUCAAUGUGAGUGCAGCUGAGCUUAAUACAUCCAACUUAAGUUACUUUACCACAGUGACCGUGGAGGUCUUGGGGCCAACCACUGAGAUGCCCAAACCUAAAACUACAACAACCACUGCAGCUGCUGCAGGCGCUGGUGUUGCUGGGGGAGGAGUAGGCCUAGGGACAACAACUACAACUGCCUCUCCUUCUGUCUUUCAACCAGUCUUCAUCUCCACCCCAACUGUACUGUUGCAAAACACUGACAGUCCACCAGGGGCAGCUAAACCAUCUGUGUUGCCAGGAAUUCAAUCGACUAACAAGCCAGGCAAGUCUGGGCCUAGCCUCGAUGAAGUGAUGAAGACUACUAAGAUCAUAAUAGGCUGCUUUGUGGCAGUGACACUAUUGGCUGCUGUCAUGCUCAUUGCCUUCUACAAAUUGAGAAAGCGCCACCAGCAGAGGAGCACCGUGGCAGCUGCCCGCACUGUUGAGAUUAUUCAGGUGGAUGAGGAGGACCUUCCACCACCAGCAUCUGCAGCCCAAGAGUCAGCUCUCACAUUGCCUGAAAUCCGAGACCAUAACAGCAUACAUAAGUUGGACUUUAUCAGCCACAAGACUGACUACAGCUUUCACAAACCCAAGGCUGAAUACAAACCCCAGCCUGAUUUCACACUUCACAAGCCGAAGGCUGAGUAUACCACAUAUAAGCCAAAUAUGGACUUUAGCAGCCACAAAACCAUCACAGAUUACAACACACACAAAUCUACGCCGGAUUUUAGCCUUCACAGACCAAAGCCUGACUGCAGCCCAUUUAGACCAGAAUAUAGCACCCACAAACCUAAAGCAGAAUACAGCCCAUUCAAGCCAGACUUUGGUACUCAUCCAAAAACUAAAUCAGACUACAGCCCAUUCAAACUAGAUUACAGCACUCAUCCCAGGCAGAAGAGUGACUUCAGUCCAUUCAAACGGGACUAUAGCACUCAGCCGAAAACUAAACAUGACUACAGCCCAUUAAAAUCAGACUACAACACACAACAUAGACCUAAAACUGAAUAUAGUCCAUUCAAGCCUGAUUUUGGUACGCACCCAAGACGUGAUUACAGCCCAUUUAAACCCGACUACAGCACUCAGCCUAAAUCCAAAACAGAGUACAGUGCCCAGAGAUCUAAAACAGACAGUACCUAUAAAGCUAAGGACCACUACACCCCACAUAAGACUGCAACAGAUUACAGCGCCUUCAAGACUGACUUCAGCCCCCACAAAGUGGAUUACAGCGCCUUCAAGUCUGACUUCAGUCCACAAACUCAGAGACCUAAACUGGAUUACAGUCCACAUAAACUGGACUACAGCCCUCAUAAGGUGGACUACAGCACUCUAAAGCCCAAAUAUAAUACCUAUAAACCGACUGGCCAUGGGGCUAAAUGGACAGACAACAAUGUUGGGAACUCUUUGCCGCGAACCUUGCCCAGUGCCAUCACAGCAAUGGCUGAGCCCUAUGUCGUAAAAACUCACAACAAGGAGAAGGUACAGGAGACUCAGAUUUAAAAAGGCCCCUCCAAAAGGCUCUCACCCCUUUUCCCAGUUUCCUAGCUCCUACUCACCCCUCUUUCACACGCCCCUUGUCCUUUCCUCAUUUAAAAAUCAUGCAAUAGAAUGCACAACGAAAAAAGGACAGGACAUACUUUUGUACAGAGUGCAAAACUUAAAAGACUGAUGAUUUCUUGUUGUACAUGCUUAUAAAUAAAUAUAUAUAUAUGGACGAACUAAAAUUACCAUGGGUUGGUGAUAGAGAAACGUAUAUUAAAAAGAAAUUGAAACUAUUUUCUAACUUGUAACUUCUAUUUAAAAUAAUGAGUUGUUUAAGAUGCUGUCUUGACUUUGAAAAAUGAGGGUAGUCUUGUUUUAACAGAGGGCAUUCUGUGUGAUUUUUACACCAUGCUACAGAGAAUGCAGUGAUAAGAAAAAAGAAUAUUUAUACAGAGAAGACUUUCUUUAACAAAAUCCGGGAAAAAAAAGGUCAGUGUUGAUCUUUACAGGUUUAUCUUGUAAAAGCACCAAGAAUUUGUACUGUGCCAAAUGUUAUAAAUGCAAUAAAAAGGAUUUUUGGAAGAAAAAAAAAA